GUGAUGUGCAAAUAUAACAUGAAUAUUGCAUCAUCUGGCAACUCGUCCUGACUGGGCCAUGGCGCCACAGUGUCCCUCCCAUGCGGACUGUGGAAUAGUGAAGUCUUAACGAAACUCUAACGAACUCUGCAAAAAUAGCGAAGAUAACUCCGUCGAAACUUUGCAGAUACCAGUGAAACUGUUAAUCGUGAAUAAGUGGAAUUGUGUCCUUAAACUACAUAAACCAUGGAAGGGAGGAGAAGGAAGGCAAAGUUUUCAGUUUACGAAAUUGACGUUCUUGUUGAUGAAGUAUAUCGGAACAGGACGACUCUCUUCAACAAACCGUAUACUCAGGCUUCCAACGAAAGGAAAUUGAGUGUCUGGAAGUCUAUAACAAAGCGGAUAAACGAAGUCUGUACCGUCCGACCUAGGACACUGGAAGAAGUACGGAGGAAAUGGUACUAUUAUUGGUACGCGAUGAAAAAAGAAGCAGUAAAACGGAAAAACAACAUGCAAGCGGGAAUCGGCUUACUGGAGGACCUUUCGACACCGACAGAUACAAAAAUGUUCGAAAUGCUGGAUGAAUAUGACGACAGCAGCAAGGUGAUGAGUGAAGAUGAAGCAGAACAUUUCGUGGAAAACCAAACAUCGCCGUCCCGUAACGUAAACGCUGAGGAUGAGAAACUGAAGCGCUCCAAGUCUUCUGAUUCCCUGUCGAUAAACCACGACGAUGACGAAGAGUUCUCUUCGGAUGAUGAAUUAUCUCCACCCGUUUCAAGGCCACACCAAGUCCCGUCACAAACACCAUUAUCACAAGGAUGUUUUGUUAAGUCUGAACCAGGAGUUCGUGUCAUUACCGUUAACACUGAGAUGAAAUCUGAGAUAUCGCCCAUGGUUCACGAAGUCGCCGAACCAAUGAAGUCGACUUCAGAAUCUCAGCUGCGAGUCCUGACUUUCAGCACUCCUCAGUCAUCCCUGAAGAAAUUACAAGGCAAGAGAAACAAACGAAUACGAGGGGUUCUUGCUUAUCGAGACAAAGAAUUCCUCAGACUGGAAAAGCGACGUAUCGAACUGCAGGUACAACAACUAGGAAUUUUGAAAGGUAUACAGAAGCAAAUGGAAAUGGACUCUGAAAGAAACCAUGCUUUCCAGGAGGAGUUUCUUGAGAUUUUGCGGAAAGGAAUUCAAACGGCACAAGUUUCCACGGAAAAAUAACAAAUAUGCACACACACGCACGCAUUCUCUAUCUCUGACUUGUCAUUUACUCACUCAUACCCACAUGCUAUUUAUAUUUGUAUACAUUCAUACGUAUGUAUAACAUAGUGUUAUAAAUCAAAUGUGUAUAUUGUUACGCAUGAAAAUGGUUGUGUUAAUACAAUUAAGAGGUAGAUUAUACUUCAGGAUACUUGAGUACUUUACAUAAAUGAGGAAUAACAUCCACCAGUAUGGCUUGGAAAAAGUGCAAAUUUUUAUUCUACAAGUCAUUUUAGAUCUAUUUUAUGUUACCAUGUAGUAAAGAGGUAGAAAUGGCAAAACGAGGCCUUAUUUCCUAUUAUACCAUACAAGUCAUGUCAAUUAUAGUCCCACAUAAAGAAUAAUGAAAGUAAUCAUUAUCCUUCAGUAUAUGAUUUUAAAAUUGUUUCAUAAUCUGAACUGAACAGUUAAAACGUGUACAAGUCAACAACAUAAAGGUAAAUGCAGAAACACGAAGCAUUAUGCCAUUAAUCCAUAUAGUACAGUAUUGCUGUGUAAAAUACUUUUUCUCGUGCUCAUCCUUCGUCUCUGCUUUCAUUGGCGGUUACAACUACUUUGGAAAGGGGGGGGGGGGGGAGGCUAUAGAUAUAUGUACACCGAGUUUCAUUCACUCAAACUCAAAAUUUCAUAUGUAGGUCAUUUAGUGGCCUGAUUCCUUCUGUGGCCAACCAUUUCUUCCUCUCUCCCUAACGUCUUUUAUUAUUUUACGCUUUCUCUAUAGGUUCUCUUAAUCUCAAUUAUAAAACACCUUUCCCUAAUGUGUCGAAAAUGUCAAAACAACAUGCCCUAGCCGCUACUAUGCUCAAAUAGAACGUUCUUGCAAGACAGAGCUUAAAAAAAAAGCUUGACGCAACACAUGCACAUGAAAAGUAAAACGCUGUGUAGGGCGUGUCAACGAUAAAUCUGGUUGUCGGUAUCUUCUGAAGCACUUAUUUUAAAGUUUCAGUAGAAUGGCAUUGGAAACAGAACGACAUCAUCAUAACUACCAUCUUUAUAGAUAUCCAGCGCAUUUAAGAGGUAUUAAUAGCAAGCACAGCUGGUGGUACACAAAUACCGCUGUUACUACGAAUAUUACUCCUUAUAAUUAAAAUGAAACAUCAGUAGUCAGUUUUGGAUGGUCAAUUACAUGAUGCUCUAGAAAAAAAGCACCAACUCACAAAAGCUAGCCCCUUAUCAGAGUCAGCUGUUAAGGCAAAGAAAACAAUGUUUUAAUCGAUUGCGUCAUGGGGACUCAGAAAGGUAUACUUGGUAAUAAAAGGCGUGGUGUAAUUUUCUCAUCAAACAGACAAAAAUGUGAUUAUCGUGCUAUCUCAUAUCUUAAUUCGACCGAGUGUUUUACAUAAUCAUUUACAUGGGGCGUACUGUAGAUGAUUAAAUGGACAUGAGAUCCCAAAGCACGGAAAAAACAAUGAUCCGUAAAGACAUCUCGAUGCGGGUAAACUUCGAGCAUCAGUGACAGCGUAUCACCACUGACAUAUAAGGACUAAGUGUCUGGAUCAAUGAGUUUACUGUGAGACGACCAGUUAAAAUGCUGCGUCCGCUCUUUUCUCUAAGAGUUACGGUAUAAACGAUUUUUUUUCCUAUAAAGAUAUAUCAAAAAUAUUAUACGAGUCGGAGAACGCAAGAGGCACUGGGUACAGCGAACAGCUAUGCUGGUAACAGAGUUCAGAGUAUGCGCGCGCACUGCCGUAAAGAGGCGUUUCACGUGCAUGAUGUCAUAGACCUUACUUCAUAUGUGUGUGAAUGUAAAUACUUCGUAGAUGAAGGUCCUUGUCCGUGUAUGUUGAUGCGAUGGCUGCGGAUGUAGUGUAACUUGCUACAACGUACUGUCCUAGUGAGGAAUAUAAAAGCCAUAUUGAUA